AUGCGCUUGGCCCAGGCGGGUAGUCUACGAGUGGGGUGGUCCACGACGAAAGUGGACCUUCUGAAGAAAAGACCCGUCCAGUGCUAUAAGUGCCUGGCUACUGGACACGUAAGAGAAAGAUGUCCAAGUGAUGUCGAUCGGUCGCUGAGCUGUUUCAAUUGCGGUACAGCGGGACACUUGGCCAGAGAGUGCAACAGACCGCCUACCUGCCCUAUUUGUAGGGAGGCCGGGCGGAGGUACGAUCACAGAGCUGGAUCGGAGGAAUGUCCCCCUUGCCCUCCCAAAAGAAACGCGAGUAUGAGCCCAAGGCCACAAAGAACACCGGCUAAUCGGAGUGACGUUGCCGGACCGAGUCGAGCGGAAUAG